UUUUAAUGUAUCCUCAGCAUAACUCUCGUAGUAGAGGGCAAAGGAGAACCUUUGAUGAUAAAGUAAGAGAUGGAAAAGGAAGUAAACAUAUUGGAUCAUUUGGAGAGAGCCAUACCAAAAAGAUUUCUGAAACUAAAGAGCAGGAAGAGAACUUCAAAAGAUCCCAAGACUACGAAAAUCUUAGUAAACUUGAUGAUAUGAAAAUUGAGAAGCCAGCUACCCUAGCCUCCGAUGCCGACCACAAAGUCCUCUCCCACUAUAAAGAAAUCAAACCAGCACUUCAAGAAAUCUCGCUUAAGAAUCUGCCGAACGACCUCACCCAGAGAAGAGAAAAACUUGCUGAAAUUCAAACCAAGGCAGAAGCCAACAAAAGAUUUGUAGAAGACAGUCUGGAAGAAAGCAACAAGAGAAUCAAGAAAGGGUUGGAACAUGUGAAGACAAUUGAUGAUGAGAACCUUGGGGAGCAAGAGAAGUUGGAACAGAGACUGGGAGAGCUGAGGAAGAAGAGGACUGAGUUUGAAGUGAGAAGAGUGCAGAAGUUAGGUGGAAUAGUAAAUGAACUAUAUUCAGAGCGUUCUGAGUUAGUAGCCAAGUCUAGCAAGAAAAUGGAGAAGAUUAAAAAAUCUCUCAAUGAUUUAGCAAGUGAAAUAAGUCAGAAUUUUAACAUACAAGAUCAACCAGAAACAGUGAAAUUACUUAAAGAUUCUUGAGCUGAACUCCCUCAUCUCCCCCAACUUAUUGAUCCUAAUCUAAAGAAUGUGAUAAAGACAGAACCACCUGAGGAUAUUAAGAAUUUGAUGGCUAAACUUAAAGGUUUAACAAAACAAAAGCCAUCAGAUCUCACAAUGGAAUUAAAAGCUUAUCCAAAAUUUGCAAAUGCUGAAUCAGAUCUGAUUGAAGACGCUUCGCAAAUUGAAGAAGAGAUGGUUGCUCGUAUAAACGAAGCUUUAGAAAACUUAGAUGAAGAAACUAAAGAAAUCUCAGAAUCUUCUCCUCAUAAUCUCCCGCACACCUCACCAAGUCCAAGAAAAACAAGAAUCGCUACUGACAAAUCUUUUAAACAAAGUCAACCUAAAACUACAAAGCCAUAUGGGUCUGAAUAUUCAACUGGUGGUUCUGAAUUCCCAGACGGUAGGCCCAAAAAAAUAAUACAAGAGGCCAUAUUUAGCGAUGUUGAUUUUUUCUCUAACUUAGAAACAGAUCAAAUACUUCCGGAUAAAUUGAGCAAUGCUUUUGAUGAAUUUGAAAAGAGCAUUCAGAAUGGUGUUAAGAAAGAGUUGAGUAAUAUUCAAAAAGCUCAGGAUCAAAUAAAUAUGAGUCAGAUUGAAGAGGAAAAACAUGAUCCUUCCCUUCAUAGUUCCAGCUUCAAGGCUGAAGGCAAAGAAACAAAAACAAUCCUUGAAUUUUGUAACUUGUGAGAGUUGAUGAGUAAAUAUGAUGGAUUGAUUCUAAAGAAAAAAGAAUCAGAACGAAUAAUAGAUAUUGAGAAUGCUACAUACUAUGAAGCAAACAGGAAAGAAUUCUUUAAAAGAUAUGUUGAUGACUGUGGAUUGCAUUUUUAUAUAAACUCAAGGAUAAGAGAGAGUUCUGAGAAGAGGAGAUUAAUGGCAUUAAAAGAUGAGGAUAAAGAGAUAUACAACCGAUUGAGCCAAUUAGUAAAAGAUUUAAAGAAAGCUUUUAAAAAAUUAGUGGAAAACGAAAUUUUUCAUAAUUCUCAGAAUCCUGGAUUUCAAAAUUUAUUUUCAUACAAUAAUGAAAAUAUGGAAAUUCUCCGAAGACAAUCGAAACAAAAUAUUCCUAGUGAAGCAACAAAAUUUAACCAAAUACUUUCUAAAUCAAAAACUGAAAACUCUCCUUCAAGUAUUUUACACAAAAAACCAAAGGAGUCUUCUAAAGCAACAAUCUCAGCCGCACUCACAAAAAUUUCCAACCAACUUACCCACGAAAUCUCCCUUCUAAAAUCAAACAUAUCAGAAUACAUCCAAAAAUCCCAUUCCCCACGUCCCAAAUCCCCCUCUCAUUUCCUCUCCACCCCAGAACCCGCUCACUCACCCACUCAAUCUACCAAAAUCCAAAAAACCCUCUCUAAGCUAACAGCAUGUCUCAAAACUUGCAAGCAAGGUUUUACUGAUUGCCAGGUUCAAAAGAAGGCCUUCAAUCAGUUUAUUGCUCGCAACAUGCAGAGGAAAGAGGAAGCGUAUAAGGAAGUGAAGGCUGAAUUUGAUGAACUUUAUUAUGGAGUUAAGAGUGCUAAUGAGGUUAAUGCAGGAAGACGGAGGAGUUUAGAAGAGUAUUUUAAGAGAGUUGAUCGAGUUUGUGGAGAUGUUGGAACAGUUUUAGGAGAGUUUAAGGUAACAUCCACAGCUUUAGGUCAGAAAACAGCUCAUCUUAACGACCUCACUAACAAAGUCACAAAUUUCAAUACAAAAAUAACAUCACACCACAAAAAAACAACAGCUGCAAACACCAAAAACUAUGCUCUCAUCACUUCCCUCCAAGAACACAUCAAAACUUUAAUCACUGACAAAACCUCUCUCUUCCAAAACCUUCAUUCUCUCGUUGUCAAAAUCUCCGGAACAAUUCCAGAAAACUUACUCCUUGAGUCUCCAGUUGAUAUCAAUGCUCUUCACAAGCAACUUUCCCAAGAAGAAGCCUCCCUCGCAGCUUCAGUCAAAGAACUAAAACAAGAAAUAAAACUCCAUUACAAAAAUACUGAAGAAGCCAACAAAAGAAAGAACAUAGAGAUGGAAGAAGUCAUGGUUCAGAGAGCCAAAUGUGAUUUAUUAAACUUUGUUAAUCAAGGGGUAGCCCAAGAUAUCAGAAAUUUAGAAGCACAUUUAGAAGAUUUAACAGAAAGGAAUAGACAGCAGAUGGACGAUAGUGUUCAGAUUGAUCAUUGUGGAACCAAGAUUGUUCUAAAAUUUAUCAGAGAUGUUGCUGAAGAGAGUUCAAGUGCAUUGGUACUUCCAAUGGAUGCAAACUUGAGAUUGAGUUGUUUGCCUGAUGAAUUUAGUCUUGUGAAGAGAGAAGCUGGAGAAGAGCUGAAGAAAUUUUGAAAUGACUAUAUAGAGGAGUAUGGGUCUUUGAAGAUGGGGGAUGCAGUAGUUCUUCCAUCUGGCGAUUUAAAGUUUGACAAAGUUAUCGCUGCUUAUUGCCCUGACCAUGACGAAGAGAUAGGAGACGAGAGAUCUAUCUAUUUCUUGAAAGAGGCUAUAGAAAGAGUGCUAGAUCUGUCUAGUCUUUAUCAAUUUAAUUCGAUAAUGAUUCCCUCAUUCUGCACAAGCAAGUCUAAGUUUCCAGUAGAUUUAUAUGCAAAGGUUGUAAUUAAAACUGUCAAGGAUUAUAUUGAAAAUUAUGGAAAUAUGCAAGAAAAAACAAUCACAAUUUCAUAUUCAAACUCCAAAGAUAAAUAAACACUUUCACAAGCUUAUUAAAAAGGAAGAUUUAGAGUGAAUUCAGCAAUAAUUAACUUUAGAUCUCCACAAGGAGAUCCUUCUAAAAA